AGAGCAAGAAGACAUAUCCUUCAAUCGCCGGCCAUGAUUUUCGACACCAAAGUUUCCGAUCGCCGCAUAUGGGGCUCUCCGGCUGUUCCUCCGGUUUCUGCCGACCCAGAGCAGCUCUUGGCAUCUCUCGCUGAGGUUACUCAUGCUAUUGGCCACAAGCUAGAAGGGUGUGUGUUUUACACACAGAAGAAAAAUGUCUCCAGACUGGCGACAUUAGUGACCGAUCUCCUUACUUUCUUUGAAGGAUUAGAGGAGGAAGAAGAGUUUCUUUUCCACAGUCAAGUAUCUGCUUCCCUUUCAAGUCUUCUCUUCACGCUCCAAGAAGUCGAAUACCUAGUAGUUGAAUGUUCGAGGAAAGAAACUUCAAUGUGGAUGCUCCACCAGUUGGGUUUCGUCGUGGGGUUAUUCAGGGCACUCACCAGUGACAUUGGCAAGGUGAUGAAGGACUUGCCACUUUGGAUUCUGACUAGUAGACCUUUGGAGAACCUGGGGAGAUUGCUUGCCCUAGGAGCUGCAGAACUUGAAUAUGAACGGGAUCGGAGGGAUAAGGUUGCGGCCAAUGAUCUCAAGGAGAUUUUGUAUGACCUAAACAAGGUAUCAUAUCCGGACGCUGGCAAGGUAAGAAGAAUCCUCAGCCACCUUGGAAUUGACUGUUGGACGGACUGCCAGAAUCAAAUUUUGUAUAUCGAACAGUGGCGGACCCAGAAAUUUUUUAUAGGGGUGUCCGCUUUUAAAAUAUAAAUUAAAUAAAAAAAUUAAUAAAAAAAAUUGUAAAUAUGAAAAUACCUUACUCGUACAGGUUAAAAAAGUCCAUGAUGUGUUUUCAUAUUCGAAAAUAAUUGUAGAAUACACUUGGUGUUUAUAGUGUUAAAAAAUUGUCUCUAUAUACGCUACUAGAUAAUCAUUCACGAACUUAUCGCAUAUUCGAUUUGUAAACUUGUUCUUGAUGUAACCCAAAGCUGAAAGACUCUUUCAACACUUGCCGUACAAUCAUAAAAUCAAUACAAAUUAAGGGUAGUUUGAAAUUAGUUUAAUUGUUAGGUUUUUAAAAUAAUUAGAGAUAGGGAAUGCCAUUUUACUAUUACACAUUGUUCAAAAUCGAACAACAAAUGAGUUUAUCUCAAAGGAAAUUAAGUUUAUUAAUAAUAAUAGUACUAGCUUUAUACCCGGCCCGUUGGCCGGAGAGAUUUAUUUUAUAAUUUAUAUUAAUUAACUUAUUUAUAUGUUUAAAUCAUUUUGGAUCUUCUAAAUAUUUUGUGUUCUUGAUUCAUAAAAGAGUUUGUAGUAUGUCUAUAUUGAAAAUUUCCAAUAUUUAGCACACUCACUUCUGAUGCUUCGGUUUUCUAAUCAUAAAUUAUGCCGCUGUCACGUCCCACUUAUAACUUAUGUCAAAAUUUGUUAACCAAAACACUAAUAUUUAGCGUACGACAACCUGAACCACACACACACACACUACCAUACGACCAUUGAGUUUUACUAUUUAGACUCCGGAGUUUUUUGAGCAUGAUACUAUACCCUAACCUCUAAUAUGUGAACUCUAAUCCCUAAUUCUCUAACCUCUAAUUUAUGCAAAUACUUUGUCAUACCUAUAUUCUAUCGUAUCUUGAGUAAAAUGAAAAGAUAGUAUACCUUGAUAUUAUAUAUAUAUAAGUGCUACUCGCCUAUCCCCACCCUCGGGAUAGAGAUCCCGCUUUUACCCCAUAACGUCAGACAACCAUUGAGGUUGUCUAUUGUUUGAUAUGUAAUAUAUAAAGAGGGAAAUUCUAAGAUGAUGCUAUUUAUUUCUUAUCCUCUCCCGCCGCCCCCCUUUAUGGAGAAUAAAAGGGUAGGCAUGAAAUGAUCAUAGCUCGAUAUGGUUUUAUUCUGUUCAUCGUAUCGGAGGUUAUGUUCUUUUUUUUGUGCUUCUUUUCAUUCUUCUUUGAAACCUAUGGUUGUGAUCAUAGGUAUUAAGCCCCCGAAAGGGAUUGAGAUUUUAGGUCCUUUGGAAAUCCAAUACACAUUGAUGAUCCUCAAGUUUGGACGAACUCUUGACCAAUGUUGUAAAGAUUGGGACUUUUUAGUGAGACAUUCUUAGUAAAGAUACUUCAUUAUUGGAUCAAUUUAUUCAUCCAUAUUGAAACUUGACACCCACCGUAGCCCUCGUGAUGAUUAAAUUCUAUAAUCUCGA